AUGGGCGUGACGUCGAACUCAUCACCCGCAAUGACUCCUUCGUAUCACGGGCAGUCCAAUCCGAGCUUUGCACAGCCCCCGUACACCCCAAGUUCUACAUCUUCCACGAACUAUCCUGGAUUUCCACAAAUGCCAACAAAUUACACGCCAAGCAUGAACCCUCUGCAGCAGACAAGCCAUCUGCAGAAACAGCAAGCCCGGGAAUCGGAUCGUCUGAAUUCGAAUCGCCCGGCACCUCCUUCGGGGACUCAGUUCCCUACAACUGACGGGACUGCGGACUUGGUUGAAAUUAUCGACUUGUCUACUCCUCGCGGAACAGCAUCCCCCGUUGCCCAACCCGCUGAUGAAGGGGAUGCGGUAAUGUGCACGAGUGAGGACGAAGAGUAUGAACCCCCACCAGCAAACCUCUCGGUAUUGGGUCAGUGA